CGCGCUUGAGCUGCACAUGCAGCUUCUAGGAGCCACAAAAUUGGCCAGAAGCCCCAAAUUCUGUAACAUCGUGUCCAACCCACCUUCUUUAUAUCAGAUCGACAUAGAAAUCCCACUUAGUAGAGCAUCAUCAAAAUGGCAUCUCAAGACGAUAAUGAUCACUUGCCCGAGGAGACUCAGGGUUACAAGCUCUCUCAGCCUAAGCAGAGCUUGGCCGAAUAUCAGAAUAUGGAUGCCAACGACGAAUCUCUCCAGCGCUAUAAGCAGUCCCUCGGUCUAAGCGGCGGAAAAGAUCUAUCCGAUCCCAACGACCCUCGAGUUUGCAUCAUUCACUCUCUAGCUAUGGAGUCGUCAGGCCGUGCUCCCGUCAUUAUCGACCUGUCUGCUCCCGGUAGCGAGAGCACCCUCAAGGACCACCCCUUCAAGAUUAAGGAGGGCAGCAAAUUCACCAUGGUUGCCACCUUCAAAGUCCAGCACGAAAUUCUCAGCGGUCUCCAGUACGUCCAGGUUGUCAAGCGCAAGGGUAUCAAAGUCAGCAAGGAUUCCGAGAUGCUGGGAAGCUAUGCCCCAAACACAGAUAAGCAGCCCCUAUACAGCAAGCGCUUCCAAGAGGAAGAGGCUCCUUCCGGCAUGCUUGCCCGAGGCCACUACAACGCCACUUCCAGCUUCGUCGAUGACGACAAGAAGACUCACCUGCAGUUCGAGUGGAGCUUCGACAUCAGCAAGGACUGGUAGAUGCGGUAGCCGUCUACUCCACGGAGGGAAAAAAACGUGUUAUCUGACUGAAUGAUGACGACCACGACAAUAGAGGGAAGACAAAACGUCCAAAAAAUUCAAUGGAAUAGUACUCUUCGACCUAGACGGUUCGGCUAGCUGGGGACUAGUACUUAUGCUUAUAGGGGACGGAUAGUUGAGUGUAGAUAGUUCAUCUCUUGAGCAUUUUCUUUGCUCUACUAAACAAUU